CCUUGCUGGCACAUCAGCCUAAGUUGGUGUUACUGCCUGCAAGGGUGAAGCCGCAUUGCUAGUGACUGUAACGUGUCCCAAUUUUUCUUUGAGUGGAAGUGCCGCGCUCGGUACGAUUAGUCAUUGGUAUCCAGCCAUCGUCUGAACACGACCACAACAAAGAUCAGGCGCCAUGACUGAACCCACAUGGAAGACAGUUGCAUCGGAGAAACAGCAGCAGCGUGAAUCCAAAAUCCCUGCAGAAUGGCAAAUUCCGAAGUCGCUGCAUCCAGCUCCCGAAGUAACCUUUGUUCAGGACUUCCCAGCCAAAUCGGGAAUGUUCACCAAUCGAGAGCUGCAACUAACAGCGGCGACUGCAUCGGAUGUGACGGCGAAGAUCUCCACUGGCGAAUGGACGGCCGUGGAGGUCACGACUGCUGUGUGCAAGCGAGCUGCCGUGGCUCAACAAUUGUUGAAUUGUGUAACGGAGAUCUGCUUUGAUCAGGCUAUAGCAAGAGCGAAGGAGCUUGACGCGUAUUUUCAAAAAGGAGGGAAGACCGUGGGCCCACUCCACGGAUUACCAAUCAGCUUAAAAGACCAGUUCAAUGUCAAAGGCUUCGACUCCACCAUCGGCUACUGCAGUUAUGCUAGCAAGCCAGCAACGGCAGACUCAACUCUCGUCAAACUCCUGGUCAAGGCUGGGGCAAUCAUCUAUGUCAAGUCCAAUGUUCCUGUCACGCUGAUGAUGGGCGAGUCAUUCAACAACAUCUUUGGACGCACACUCAACCCCCGCAAUCGGGAGUUGACCACAGGAGGCUCAUCAGGAGGAGAAGCAGCACUGGUCACGUUCUGUGCCAGCUUCCUCGGUGUGGGCACCGACAUCGGUGGCAGCCUUCGCAUACCAUGCUCAUUCACCGGGCUGUAUGGGCUAAGACCAUCCCACGGCAGAGUGUCAUAUCAACAUGUGCAGAACACCUUGCUCGGACAGGAAGCGGUCAGAUCAUGUGCUGGACCCAUGUGCCGUGCGCCGGAAGAUAUCCGCUUGUUCAUGUCGAGUCUAGCUGCCCAGCAGCCCUGGCUUUGGGAUCCCCAGAGUCUGCCACUCCCAUGGCGGGCGGAGGAAGAGGUCUUACCGAAGAAGUUGUGUUUCGGUUUUGCUCUAGGUGAUGGCCAUGUAGGCCCAUCGCCACCAUUGCGUCGUGCAAUGGACAUAACCAGGAAAAAGUUAAAACAAGCAGGGCAUGCUGUCAUUAACUUCAAUCUCACAGAAGGAAAAGAAGUAAAUGAGAUCAUGAACAAAAUGUUCACUGCGGAUGGGGGUGCCGAGUUUCAGCGCGACACCGAUGCCACGGGCGAGCCCCUGCCACCUACAAUAGAAUACUGGCUCGGCCACAGCUCGCAAAUCAAAGCCUCAACCGUAAGCGAGACAUGGAAGAAUCAGCACAAGAAGGCGUUGCUUGCGCAAAAGUUCCUGGAGAAGUGGCAAGCAACCAAAGGGCGAACGCGCACGAGUCGCCCUAUCGAUGGGCUGAUCAUGCCAUCGACGCCAUUUCCGGCCAGCCGUCACGGCAGCGGCUGGCCAUGGCACUUUGGCGAUCUCUCUGCCCUGCUGGAUCUGACCACGGGCGUUUUCCCAGUCACCCGGGUCAAUCUGGAGAAAGACGCCGUGCCGCCAAGCUGGACGCCCAUGUCUGUGAAAGACAAGGAGGCGAUGGAUUACUAUGAGAAGCCAGAGAAUCACGAGAAUGCCCUAGUCGGCCUCCAAUUGAUUGGUAGAAGGUUGGAGGAGGAAAAGGUAACGGCUAUGCUUACGCUUAUUAGGAAUGUGCUUGAAGUAGAUUAUUAAUCGCAGUUUGGCACUUGAGCAUCUGCGCCUUAUCGAGCGUCACGAUUUCUAAAUCACAGAGUAUUGAUGCAUUUAGUUUCGUCAGUUGAGCGGCUGUGUUCUACGUCUUGUGCUCGCUUCCUUACCAUACUUUCCUUCCUCCUCGUUGCCAUCUUCCCGGUACUUUUGGCUACGUUUGAUGCUUUCAAUGGAGAUUCUGCUCACCAAUCUUAGCCUACAUUCUACUCUAGAAGGCAAAGUAAGAGAAAUUCUGCUUCUCCUCACUUUCUACACUUCUUAGG